AUGGAAGGAGAGACAUAUGGGAGUAUAAGCAGGGCAAGCGAAAGUGGGGUCUUUUGCAGCAGAGAGAUUGAGUUUAUUCAUGGAAGGCGCACAGAAGAGGGCAUUUUCCGAGUAAUGGUGGAGAGAAGAAUCACUCGCACAAAGUAUUUAGUGCAGGAUGUGUCUGGAAAGGGCAUUCUAAAUCUAGAGAAAAUUUCAAGCGAGGUGGUAGCAAAAAUAGUUAAAAGAGAAAGCAAAGAAAAAGAAAAAAUACAUUUAUUGGUAAUCGGGAAGUUGCAGUCAAAAGACCCACAGGAAUUCCCUGUUUUAGAUGCACUUUCUAUCACGCUAUUUACAUUUGAAAAUGGCUUACAGCAUAUUCUAAGGCCAUAG